AUGGCCAAGAGACGGGCUGAUAUAGAGCUAAACCAGGACAACUGGGAUGAAGAGUUAGAACCGAAAAAGGUAGAGGAAUUUGCAAAAGCAGACAAAGAGAUACUUUCGCAAAGAAAAAUCUUAACAGCCCGUACACACAGGUCAUCGAAUACUGGUACCGCUGGUCUUUUCAAAUCGUUUACUGGCUUUUCCAACUGUUCAAAUGUAAAAGCUGCAUCGUUUAACUUUGGACAGACUUCUGUAAAUAAUACUAAAAAUGGGCAUAAAGAUGAAGAUGCUGAGUAUCUUGAACAUGUACAAGCUCUCAACCAGAAUUUACUUGACUGGAUUACAAAGCAUAUCAAAGAAGACCCGUUUUGUAUUCUUACCCCAAUAUUCACCGACUACGACAAGCAUCUUUCUGAUAUAAACUCCAAGUUCCCUAAACAGUCAGCUGCCGAAGUUAUUCCACUAUCUAAGAAAAAGGAAGAAAGUAGUGCCACAAAUAUCAACUCAGAAGUCAGUAAGCCUUCAACUACUAGUGCUCCACCGUCGCUCUUUACCUUUGGCAAUGCGCUGUCAAAGUCGUCAACAACGACACCGCCUGUUACAACAACCGAUUCCGUAGACAAGAAGCCUUCGUUUUCAUUUGGCUUACCUCCUAUCUCCACGGUUAAUUCAACAUUUCCACAAUCACUUUUCCAGUUCUCAAAAACACCCAGCUUUUCCCAAAAGACUACUGAAUCUGAUUCUAAACAAGUUUUUACUUUCGGAAACCAACAAACAGAAGAUGAUGAUAAUGAGGAAUACGUUCCACCUAAACCUGAAGUGAAAGAAAUAAAGGAAGAUGGAUCGGUAUUUUCUACCAGGUGUAAAUUAUUCUACAAAGUGGAUACUGAAUGGCGAGAACGUGGUCUUGGCAAUCUCUUCAUAAAACCAACAGCUACUGAUAAAUUUCAAUUGCUAAUGCGAGCGGAUACUAACCUUGGUAACAUACUACUGAAUGUACUCAUUACAAAAGAUGUUCCAAUUAAACAACAGAAAAAUAACUUGACAUUGGUAUGUGUCCCGUCACCGCCUUUACCGUCUCAAGGUAAAUCAUCAUCAGGCAGUAAAGAAGGUGAUGAACAACCGAAACCAGUCCCAUUGUUAAUACGUGUAAAAACUGAAGAGGCUGCAGGUGAACUGUUAAGUCAAAUGGAUUUACACAGAGGUGUUACUACAAAAUCAUGAUUGUAUAAAAAGAAAAGUGGGCGAUGAAGACGAAGGGCUGAUGGCUUCACCAAACAACCGGUGUUUUUUAAAAAAAAAGAAAUUGUUGUUUUAACUACCUCCCCCUUCUCUUACUCCUUUUGCUUCUCCUCCUCUUCAUACUUCUAUAGGAUCCUUUUUUUUUAAAAAAAAAGAACGUCAUUGUCUUCGAGAAAGCUAGUUAUGUUAUGUUAGAUUAUGUCAUCUUGUAAACAGUCCUUUGUGUUUGUUUUCUAAUGAUUAACACUGAUUAUUUAUAAAUAAAGAGUAAUAUUGGAAGAAAUUGGCUUCA